AUGCGGUCGCUACGUCCUGGAAUCCUUGCACCCUUGCCGUGUUUCUUCAACGCCGAUGAGACAAUCAACUACGACCAGUUUGUAAGACAUACGCUGCGUCUUGCUGAGGCCGGCGUUAUGCCUGUUGUUUCGGGGUCCAUGGGGGAGGCCAUCCACUUAGAAAGAGAGGAAAGGAUUCAGUUGAUCAACUCAGCAAGAACAGCACUGGACGAGGCUGGCUUUGCGUCCAUGCCUAUCAUGGCUGGAGCUGGAGGACUGUCCACCAAACAGGCCGUCCAAUAUGCUAAGGACGCGGCUUCUGCUGGGGCUGACAGUGUUCUGGUGAUUCCACCUGGAUACUAUGGAUUAGGAGAAGCCAAUUUGGAGGCAUACUACACCACCAUCGCAGACCAGAGCCCUAUCCCCGUUCUGAUCUACAACUUUCCUGCUGUUGCGGGUGGAAUCGACAUGUCCAGCGACCUUAUUCUUAGAAUUGCGGAAAAAGCACCCAAUGUAGUGGGCUGCAAGCUGACCUGUGCUUCUGUUGCCAAGCUGGCCCGCGUUGCCCAGUCGCCGCUCGGUCCACGUACCACGGGCAUUCCCUUUUUCGCCCUAUGCGGGUUUAUUGAUUUUCUGCUACCAGGAAUAAUUGUCGGUGCACAGGGUGCAAUCACCGGCGUCCCAAAUUUUGCACCUAAAACUUGUCAGGAGCUGUGGGAGCUGUGUCAACAGCCACUGACUCCAGAAAUUUUGAGCCAGGCCAACAAAUUGCAUCUGCUCGUGUCUAACGCCGAUGCGGCGGCAUCCAGCGCUGGCAUUCCCGGCAUGAAGGCUCUGCUCCACCAUCUUGAAGGCUCUGAGCCAUAUGUCCGCAGUCCGCUGCUGCCUGCGUCGGCAAAUGCCGCCGAAAAGCUUAUCAGUAAUCCUGCUAUUGUCAGCAUUUUGGAGCAUGAAAAACAGCUCAGCAGUCGUCGGUAA